UCAAUUGUCAAAUAAUAAUUUGCAUUUUGUAACACGAAGAAGCCGAAUCGUUUUGUAAUUUAAUAAGUGUAGUUUUUACUUUUAUAAUGGCUAAUAAACGAGAAGUUAAUCAAAAAGUAAAUCCCAUAAAAGUUCCUCUAGAAACUGACCAAGGAAUUUUACAGAGCGAAGAAAGUAAAUGGGGUCUGCCACUAAAAGAAGUAUAUAAACAUGGACUCUUCUUUUACAAAGAUAAAGAAGGCAAAGCCAUGCAUCUAAGCUAUGAAGAUCGGCUGAAACUUGUAGCUUAUACACAGCAAGCUGCUCACGGGCCCCUGGAUCCAAACUCUGCACCUCCACUGGGCGUGUUAGAUGUCAUUGGUCGGGACCGCAGGGCCGCAUGGCAGGCUUUGGGGCAAAUGUCACAGGUUCAAGCAAUGGCUGGAUUUAUACACACACUAGAUAGAUUAUGUCCUCUUUUCAAACCAUAUUUAGAGGCGAUACAAAAGGAUUUAGAGAAUAAAAAGCAACAAGAGUUAAAAAGAGCUGAGGAGGAAAAAGCUCAUAUGGAACUGCAAAACAGAAUAAUUGUGGAGAAACAAAAACAAGAGAGUGCAGUUGUAACAGAAGAACAACAAGUACAAAGGAUAAAAGAUGCAUUGAAUGCACAAACAUACGAGCAGUUCCUGCAAUACGCUCAACAGCAGUACCCUGGCAACUUUGACCAGCAGGCAAUCCUGAUCAGACAGUUGCAGGACCAGCACUACCAACAGUACAUACAACAGUUAGCUGUAGACCAGAGACUUGCCAACUCGAAUAUUAAAUGCAAGGAUUCCGAUGACGAGAAUGAUAAUGAAAAAGAGGAAAAAGAUUGCAAUUUGAAUGAUAGUGAACUGGCAGCUACGGAUAAUAACAGAUCCAUGCAGACAUCAGAGAAGAUUGACAUCAACGACUAUAAUGAGGAGUCGCGGGGAGAGGAGGAAGAAUCUGACGGUGACGAUUUGGUGUCACCGGUAGAAGAUGUCCGAAUGUGGACACGCGGAGACAUAGUUCAAUUCAAGGAAUCCGCCCGCGCCAGUGGGGGCAGACUCACUGUGGGGCAUGGAGAGACUGUCACCGUUAGAGUGCCCACUCACCAUCGAGCCAGGUGCAUCUGCUACGAGUUUGCUACAGACAACUAUGACAUAGGUUUUGGUUUGUACUUCGAGUGGAGCAAGUCCCCAACGUCAGAUGUGACUGUGGUCGUUGCCGAAAGCGACGACGAAUACGACAACAACGACGAUGACAACGACGACAAUGACGACGAAGAGUACACAAUAAAUGAAUCAGCUGACCCUGAGAUAGGCGAUGAGAGACGCGGAGCGAGCGGCGGGCGCCCACCCGUCAGCCUCAUCGUACCAAUAUACAGGCGGGAUUGUCACACUCAGGUAUAUGCCGGUUCACACACAUACCCAGGCGAAGGCGUUUAUUUAUUAAAAUUCGAUAACACUUACAGUCUGUGGCGAUCUAAAACUUUAUAUUACAAAGUAUAUUAUACUCAAUAAAUUAGUAAAUAUAUAUAUAAAUAAUAAUACGUAAUAAUAAUAUUAAUAAAUGUUACAAAACUAAUAUGAAUUGAAUAAUUUUAAUGCAUUUCGUCAUCGAUAUAUAACUAAUAGAUGCAACAUUGAACAUUACCUUAAAUAACUGUGUAAUAACUUAACAAUGUAAAGUAUGCUUAAUGUAAUAUAAGCACUAUUUUACUGUAUCUUGCCAGCCAUACCCCAAUUAAUGCUAAUGAUAAUGUAGUCAAAGGCUAACUUGUAAAGAAAGAAAGAAAAUGCAGAUUUAGUAUGUUUGAAAACACAUCUUCGGUAUUUUCGGUACAAAAUUAGAAUUACAUUAGACCUACAUACUUAUUUAUUACAACAGACCUUAGUGAAAUCAAAGUAUAACAUAGUUUAUCCUAGGUAAUAUUUUGAGCAAGAUUUUUUUCAAUGUUUUAUCUAUAUAUUAGUAUAUCUAUGCAUUACAUAGUUAGGUGAAUGUGUCUUUGUUAGUCUCUGAAUGUUUCACACAAAAUCCUUACAUAUAAUAAAAAAAUCCCACCUGCCUUCUAAGUUUAGAAGUAUUCAUUAAUUGAAAGAUAAAUAAACGUUAAGAUUAUUAUAACAUUAUUUAUAAAAAAAUGUAUUAAAAUUAUUCUAAUUCAGAUAAUAAUAAUUAUUUAUAAACAUGACAAUUUAUACUAAAGCCAUACUCGAUGUGCACUGCUUACCAACAAACAAAUUUAUAAUGAGGAUAUAAAUCGUUAGUCAUUUCACACCUUAUAAUAUUAUUAUAAUUAACUUUUUUUAAAUUAAUGAAAAUAAAUUUCAUUAAAAAGCAUAGAACAAUAGGCUACUUGACACUUUUUUUUAAAUGUUCUUAAUUGAAAUUUGUUUUUCAUAUAUUUUUGAUACAUAAAAAUUUUAGUUUUUAAAUAUUAUGUUUUUGACAAUAAGAGCCAAAACGCCUGUCGGCUAUGAUGGUCUAUAUUUUAACUGUUUCAUACCUUAUAAACGGAGCGUUUGCCAUAAAUAUUAGAUAAAUCAAUUUUAUAGUUCCAGUUUUAGUACAUCAAGUAUGUUAGUGACGUCACAAAAUAGAUGUCAGCUUUUUCGACGAUUGGAAAAAAUACGCGAUAAUUAAAUUAAGUUUUAUAAGAAAUCCUUAACUUUUAUUAAUUGAUAUCGAUAUAUAUUCCGACGCUCAUUCCAUGUAAUACACGAAAUUAAUAUUGUUUAUAUUAAAGAUAUGAGUCAACUACCCUUUUCGAUAUUGUUAAUAUAUUUUAAAUAAAAUUUUAUGAAAAAACAAUACAUAAUUUGAAAUAAAUUAGUUACGAAAUGACAUGCGUGUUCUACCUUCCUUUGUAAUUUUUUUGUUGGUAGAACAGUGCACAUCGAGUAUAGCUUUAGUAUAUAACGACAUAGAAAUAUUUUAUUGUUGAAUAUUUGUGAAAGUGCACAUUCUAAGAGGUCAUAGUAUAUUAGGUUGAUCUAAAAAAAAGUAACCAUGUACUUAAAUACAUACCAGUUUUACUUUAUUAUUUAUGAGUAUGUAUGAAUAAUUAACAUUUAAAUAGGUAGAUAACUGAAUAAAUAAUAUAUAAAUAUGUAUGUUUAACAAUAAAUUAUUAAAUAGCGAUUCUAUUUAAAUGUUGUUGUACUAUUAUAUUUUUAGUCUGUGAUUCAGUGUUGCUAACAUAAAUUUGUGUCAAAAAUAUAAAAAGAGCCUACAGUUUGGCAAAAAAGAUUAAUAAAAUAACCAAUAGUGCUAAAAUCUGAAGAGCUUUUAUUAGACUGUUUAAAUAAAAAUAUUUUGGUUAGAAACUAUUGUUUGGCUAAUGAAAGUAGAGACUGAAAUCAAUCAGCAAAUUUAAAACAAAAAAUGGAGGGCAUUCUCAAAACAAUAGUGCAAAUAUUUAAAUCACUCAAAUUUAAUAUUGUUUUUUUUCAAUAUGUAAUAUUUACAUAGAAUUUUUUUUUGAUUUGCCUGGUGAUUUUAGUCUCUACUUUUAUUAGCCAACUCUAGUCAAUUGUUUAUUUUUUUGUCAGUUUUCCAGGAUGAAUAGUAGCCCAUGUGUUAAUCCAGAGUAAAAUCUAUUUCAAUUCCAAAGCUCAGCCAAAUCGGUUCAGUAGUUGCGGCGUUAAAGAGUAACAAACGACCAAGCAAACAUCAAAACAAACUUUCGCGUUUAUAAUAUUAGUAGGAUAACAGCUUAUCAAUGCUCUAUCAGUCUUUCUUGCCAGUCUGUAUGCCAAUUUUCAAUACUGCUUAAUUCUUAUUUGAAACCAAAUAUCUACAUAUUCGGUUUUUAUGCUGUAUUAUAUCUGUUUGUACAGAUGUAGAGGUAUGUAAAUUGUAAAAUCAAUAUAUACUAAAUACUUUUUACACUGGUAUUUAAAAAUUCAUUUUACUUAAAGUCUGAUCAGAAAACACAUUAAAAGUUACAUAAAAAGUCAAAAGAAACUCUUUCGGCGCAGGUCGUUGAUUCCCAAAAGGUGUGUCUGUAUUCGUUAUUUUCGUUUUUAAAUUUUUUUAUGCGUCAUACAUCUGUUGUUCCUAGUUUUCUGUUAUCCUUAAGUACCUAUGUCACAUACAUAGUAUUAUAUAAUGUUAGAUAUUUUAUAUUAUAAAUUAUUAUUAUUUGUAUGAUUAUAUACAAAAUAUUGUAAAGCUCUAUUAUCUGUCUUAAUUAAUGGUUUGUUGGAAUUUUCAAAACAUUUUAUUAGAUGUAUAUCUAUUAUCAUAUUAUAUAGGAAACAAAGAAAUUAAAUAGUCUGUUCAUAGAAAAUUAUUACUAAAAGAAUUUUACAGACAAUGAUGAAUGACAGUGGUGUUUGUAAUACUGUCUGAAUAUUACACAUACAUAGUAUUAUGACAGUAUUACAACUAAUGUUUAAGUCCAUGUGUAGCAGCUGUGAAAAAUUCUUGUAACUCACCCAUCUUUUCUUGCUUCACAAAGUUAUUAGAUACUAAGGUAAUUCUUUAAUAAAUAGACUGUAUUCAUUGUAACUAUGUGAAUGAAAAACGAAUGAAAAUAAAUGAUAGUAGAAAUAUAA